CUCGCAACUAAUCGCUGGCCAUGAUGACGGGCGUUGUUGAUCAAUUGCCUGAACAUUUGCUUCUUGAACACGUGUGCUGCUUCGUGCACCUUCAGGACCGCUGGCACGGCCUAGCGCGGGUCUCCAAGCGCUGGCGACGACUCACCCUCGCGUCCGUACAUCGUGAGCAGCACGUGGACUUGACGUGGUGCACAGGAGAACACGAACUUGAAGCUGCCGCGGCCGUGCUGCUCGAUUUCAAGUCGCAGCGUAGCAAGAGCGGUCGGAACUUGUGCGUGGAGACCUCACAACUGCAGAGCGUGGCGCUAUACGGCCCGCGCGUCACGUCGCCACUGCUGUCGCAUCUGGUUAAAGGUCUCGGCUGUGAUCAACUCCGGCAUGUGGACGUCGAGUCCAAGCAGAUCUCAGACGUGGCACUCGAGCAACUCUGUCGUUGCGUGAGUCUACAGACGCUGUCGUUGCACUGCGUCAAACUUACGGACGAGUCGCUCAUAGCCAUCUCUCGAGCUUGUCCACAACUCACUAAGGUUGAUCUGUCCGGCUGCUCGGGGGUGCGAGACGACGGCAUCCUCGCCAUCGCAGCCAACUGCCCCAAACUCCAGAAGAUCAACCUCAAUAUGUGCCGACGGAUCACAGACAGAUCCAUCAUGGCAUUGGCUCAACAUGCAUCACUAUCGUUGGAAGAAAUCAUACUCGAUCGCUGUCUGAAGGUCUCUGGACCAGCCAUUUGUUUCCUCAUGAGGACGCAGCGCAGCCUUCGAUCACUCUCGAUCGCACGGUGUCCAAAGGUGCAAGGUGCCGACUUCUACAACCUUUCAGAAAAGGCUCAGAAGAAGUGGAUCUGCAAACUCGCUACACUCGAUCUGAGCGGCUGUGCAGGGCUAGAUGAUCGCGGUGCGGCUGCAUUAAUCACGGCCAACCGAUACACACUACGAUAUCUUAAUCUCGGAGCGCUGUCGUCUCUCGGCAGCGACACAUUCACAGCUAUCGCUCGAUGCACCGAGCUCGAGUCACUUGACCUUUCACUGUGUCGGACACUACAGAACUGCGAUCUCAUGACAAUCGCAUCGGGGUGUCCACACCUCUCGACUCUGUUGCUGCAAGGCUGUGAUGCUCUCGGUGACGUUGGACUCAAGGCGUUGGCGUCGCGAGCAGCCAAUCUACAGCGACUGUCGCUCGAGUUCUGCUACAACAUGACGGAUGAAGGAUUCGCGGCCGUGGUUUCGUAUUGCCCAGACUUAUUACAUCUCAACAUCAAGGCUUGCAACCAGCUCACAGUCGCGGCUUUCCGCGCUUUAACGCAACGAAAGGCCCCACUAGAAACGCUGUACAUCGGAGCAUGCGCCGAUAUGGAGACCACGGCAGCAUACUUCUCCAUCGUCAAGCACAAGUUCCCUCGGUGCCGAAUCCACUUGGUCUGA